GAGUUUACAGCAUGAAGACGUCUGACAAAGAGGAGAAGCAGCAGAAAGAAGACGCUGAACUCUAAAUCUUGACGUGUGCCGGCACCUGCACUCUCAAACUCAAACAUGGGCAGCGAAUACUGCAAUGGAUAUUCUGGACAAAAUAAUCAGGAGCUGAGGAUAGUGCUGAUGGGGAAGACUGGAAUUGGAAAGAGUGCAUCUGGAAACACCAUUCUGGGACGACAGUGCUUUGAAUCCAAGUUCAGUGCAAACUCUAUGACUGUAGACUGUUCCCUGGGCAAAGCUGUGGUGGAUGGGCAACAGGUUGCUGUUAUCGACACCCCGGGCCUGUUUGACACCAGAUUUGCUAUGGAUAAAACAGCUCAAGAUAUCAGCCAGUGCAUCUCUUACGCUGCUCCUGGACCCCAUGUGUUCCUGGUGGUCAUCAGACUGGGCCGAUUCACUGACGAGGAGAAGCAGACGGUGCAAAGGAUUCAAGAAAUCUUCGGCCAGGCUGCAGACAGAUACAGCAUGGUUCUCUUCACUCAUGGUGACCAACUUGAAGAAACAACUAUUGAGGACUUCUUGGUCGAAAGCUCAGACCUGCAAGAAAUUGUGGCCAGAUGUAAUAGCCAGUACCACGUGUUCAACAACAAGAAAAAUUAUCCUUGUCAGGUCACUGAGCUGCUCCAGAAGAUCAGAAACUUAACCCAGAAGAACGGAGGAAGCCACUACACCAACGAGAUGUUCCAAGAGGCCGAGAGGAAAAUCGAAGAGGAGAAACAACGCAUCCUGAGAGAGAAAGAAGAGCAAAUACGCAGAGAAAGAGAGGAAAUUGAGAGGAAAAUGAAAGAAAAAUAUGAAGAAGAAAUGAGGAAAAUAAAUGAACAAAUCCAGGCUGAGAGGGAGAGGGAGAGAAGAGAGAGAGAGGAGGAGAUGAAAAGGGAGAGGGAGAGGAGGGAGAGGGAGAUGGAGAGGGAGAGAGAGGAAAGAGAAGCAGAGAGGAGGAGAGAGGAAGAGGAGAGACAGAGGCAGCUUGAAAUUAUGACGAGACAGUUAGCAGAACAGCGUGAAAGAGAAUUGGAAGAGCAGAGAGAAAGGCUGAGAAGGCAGGCAGAGAUGAUAAGACAUGUCCAAAGAUCAAACGGAUGUCAAAUUAGUUGAUUCGUUUUUUAAUUUUUCUGGAUUUGUGUGCUGAGGCAACAAUUUAAAUUUUUAAAUUUAUUAAAGAAAGAAAGGGUGGUAUUUUCUCCUCUCACUGUAACAGAAUGGUAACGUCAGCUCACAAGCCAUUGCUACCUCAAGUUAACUCACUGAUUUACAUUGAAAAUGCCACAAUAUCAUAAAAAAGUGGGAGAAAGUAGGUAAUUCUUCUUGACUGAAAUAAG